CGCGCGCCGGUGCAGCCUUCGCUGCACCCGCCACCGGCCCGCAGACACCCGGGCUCGCUGGGGUGACCCGCCGCCGCCGAGGCCGGGCCGUGCCCGCUGGGAGGGGCGGGGAGGAGCUGGCAGGCCGUCCGGUCCGCGGCGCUGUCCGGAGGCCCAACCCUGUCACGGAGCUGCGGCGGUGACUCUGCCCAGUGACGUGGGGCGGCCGAACUUUACGUAACGCGCCCGGCGCCCCAUGCGUGCCCACAGGGUGCACCUGGGGCGCAGAGGCCCUGACUCCCGCAGGGCGCGAAGCCGCAGCCCACAGUGUCCACCUCUGUAGCCCAGUUGCUGCGAGUGGUCCACCCAGUGUGUGUGGAUGUGGCCUGGCUAUUGCCCCAGGCCCCUCCUGACCACAGGCUGACCCUUGCCUGAAGGCAGUAGGGUGGCUCAGAAGGUAGAGUUUUCAGGCUGGGGUCCUCAACGUGUUGGAAUGAGCCCAAAAUGGAACGCAGGAGACCUGGAUUCUGGUCCUGCCUCAACCAUGACUUGGUGACUGACCUUGGACAAACUUGUCCCCUGCUGAUGAGGAAGCUGAGGUUUCUUGAGGGAAGGUGAAGUACAGUCACGGAACCUGGUGAUCGUGUGUCAGGAACCAGGUUGGUCUGUCCCGGGGCCCAUGCCUUGAGGCCGCCAGCAUGCCUUGGGACGCAAGGCCUGGGGGCGGUGCAGACGGAGGACCCGAGGGUGCGGGCGCAGCGCGCUCACGGGCACAGAAGCAGUGCCGGAAGUCGUCUUUUGCCUUCUACCAGGCAGUGCGUGACCUGCUGCCCGUGUGGCUGCUGGAGGACAUGCGCGCCAGUGAGGCCUUCCAUUGGGAUGAGCGCGGGCGCGCCGCAGCCUACUCGCCUUCGGAGGCGCUGCUCUACGCGCUGGUGCAUGACCACCAGGCAUACGCACACUACCUGCUGGCCACCUUUCCGCGGCGUGCACUUGCGCCCCCCAGCGCAGGCUUCCGCUGCUGCGCUGCACCCGGGCCCCACGUGCCGCUGGCAGUGCGCUACAACCGAGUGGGCAUCCUGCGCCGCAUCCUGCGCACUGUGCGCGACUUCCCGGCCGAGGAGCGCGCACGCCUGCUGGAUCGGCGCGGCUGUAGCCGCGUGGAAGGUGGUGGCACCUCGCUACACGUGGCCUGUGAGCUGGCGCGUCCUGAGUGCCUCUUCCUGCUUCUGGGCCAUGGCGCCUCACCUGGCCUCCGUGAUGGUGGUGGCCUUACACCUAUGGAGCUGCUGCUGCGGCAGUUGGGCCGUGAUGCAGGCUCUGUCCCUGCUGCUGGGGCUGCCUCUUCUGCCACCGCUGCCACCACUGUGUCUGGGGAGCCACGCCAGCGCCGCCUGCUACUGCUUGACCUGUUGGCACUGUACACCCCUGCGGGUGCUGCUGGCCCAGCCCGCCGUGAGCUGCUGGGCGACCGACCGCGCUGGCAGCGGCUUCUGGGUGAGGACAAGUUCCAGUGGCUGGCAGGCCUGGCGCCGCCAUCUCUCUUCGCACGUGCCAUGCAGGUGCUGGUCACCGCCAUCUCUCCUGGCCGCUUCCCGGAAGCCCUGGAUGAGCUGCCGCUGCCUCCCUUCCUACAGCCCUUGGACCUCACCGGCAAGGGCUAGACCCAGGGGGUGCUGGAUCUGGGGACAGAACUGUUUUUCAGAGCGCUGUACCUGGCACUUUACAUAUACUGAUCUCUGUA